GAGAAGGAAUUUGUGAGGGGAGAUGCCCGAGGAUGAGCUGAAUCCAUCGCAGAACGCUUUCGGCCGCCGAUAGAAACUAUACACCCGGGCCUUCCGAAGAUUCUCUCUUCCCGAUAAAGUUUUAAAAUUUCAAUCUUUUUGUCUCGACACCCCUCGGUUAAAUUCUUCUCUCCACCAUUCCCAAUCCUUCCUGCCGCUGCUUGUUCAUUGCUGUUGCUGUUGCUGUUGCUAUUCUGUGCAAUAUAAUAAGCUCCAUCCCUCCACGCGCAAUCACUUCCUCUGGAUCCCGCUUUUUCUUGCUUUUCGCUCUCCCUGUCUCCCUCCCGCUGCUCCCUUUUUCGCUUCUUCUCUCCGUUCGCUAAUUGCUCUGUUUGUGGGGGGGGAGUCUUGUGGAGGUUUUUCCCAGAGAUGCUGUGUAAGAUGGUGACGGUGACCCGGAAAAAGAGAAGCGGGUCCGUCCCGGUUUACUUGAACGUGUACGAUUUGACUCCGAUCAACGGGUAUGCCUACUGGGUUGGCCUUGGGGUGUAUCACUCCGGUGUGCAAGUACAUAGCGUUGAAUAUGGUUUUGGAGCACAUGAACAUGCAACGACGGGGAUUUUUGAAGUUGAACCGAAGCGCUGUCCUGGUUUCACCUUCAGAAAAUCAAUUUUGAUUGGAAGAACAGACUUAGGCCCCAGAGAAGUCCGCUCAUUUAUGGAGAAACUAGCUGAAGAGUACUCUGGAAACACAUACCAUCUCAUUACGAAGAAUUGCAAUCACUUCUGUAAUGAUGUGUGCAUUAGAUUGACAGGGAAAACGAUCCCUCGUUGGGUCAAUCGACUGGCUCGACUUGGUUUCUUCUGCAAUUGUGUGCUUCCUGCUGGAUUAAAUGAGACGAAGGUUCGGCAAGUCAGAUCAGAGGACCAAGCGAUCCUUGAAGGAGAGAAGAAACUGAGAAGCCAAUCAAGCAGGUUCCCGUCUUCCAACGGUUCGACUGAUAUGCCAUCAUCUCGCCAUCUGCAUUCCGCAAGCAAAAACAGUAGGCAGAGACACUGUCUCCCUCCAAGUUCUUCUUUGAUCCAUUCUACUUCUUCACCUGCAGGUCUAACAUUAAAGCUUCAAUGAGCGAAGCAUUCAUAAUCUAGGGCCUUAGAAUCAUCAUCGCAAAAGGGAAAAGAGAAGAUUGCAAAGUUUUUUUCUGAUGAAGUUCUUCCCCGUCUCCCUGUAUCCCGGUGAAUGCUUUAGGGUUGUGGACAAGCUGGUUAUAUAACGGCUAAGGCAUGUUUUCCCCAUGUAAACGGUUUUUCUUUUACCAGCUUAUUUGAUUGACAAGUGAUCGAAUGUUUUGUCGGUGAGGAAUGAUGUUCUUCCUU